AUGACGAAGAAGAAGAAGGCAGCCAAUUCUAAUAGUAAUGUAAAUAAUAGUGAUGGAGCUAAGCAAAAACAAAGACGUAUUGUUUCUUGGUCUCAAGAGGAGGAUGAUAUACUACGAGAGCAAAUUCGUAUCCAUGGAACUGAUAAUUGGACGAUCAUAGCUUCAAACUUCAAGGAUAAAACAACCAGACAAUGCAAAAGAAGAUGGUUCACUUAUUUGAACUCAGAUUUCAAAAAAGGUGGAUGGUCACCUGAAGAAGAUAUGCUUUUAUGCGAGGCUCAGAAGAUCUUUGGAAACAGAUGGACCGAAAUUGCCAAGGUGGUUUCAGGCAGAACGGAUAAUGCUGUGAAGAAUCGGUUCACUACACUGUGCAAAAAGAAAGCAAAGCAUGAAGCACUGGCCAAAGAAAACAGCACUUCAUACAUUAAUCUAAAUAACAAGAGGAUUAUCUUUCCAUAUAGGCUCGAUAUUGAAAGAAUAUCUGAUGUUUCCGAGCGUAUUAAGAGGUUGAGGAAGAGCCACAUUUUAGAUGAUUAUGUGAAUAAAAAUCAACCGCAUAGACGUCCAUUUACAGUGCUUACUCAGAAUUUCCAUAUUGCUGGGGGAAAUGCACUAUCUCAUCAGCACGUCAACAACAUGACAGAGACAUCUGAAAAUGCUAGUAAUAACAAAAGUCGAGGAACAUUCCUUAAGAAGAACGAUCCAAAGAUAUCUGUUUUGAUGCAGCAAGCAGAACUACUGAGCUCACUUGCACUCAAUGUUAAUGCGGAAUAUACUAACCAGAGUCUUGAAAAUACCUGUAAGGAUUUUCUUCAUCAAACGAAGGAAGGUGAUAUGCUCAAGUUACGGCUUCCUGAGACGAAUUCAGGGCAUGAUACUCAUAUGGACCUCAUAAUAGACUCAAGUAGUAACGAAGGGAUCCGACCAUCUAAAAGGCAACCUGCUAUAUCUGAAGUGUCUGUUGGCAGUUCAGAGUACCGUACCGGAUCAACUCUACUGUCGCAUGCACUGGGUGAUAAAACAGAAGGAAAUCAAGUUAAGCGGUGUGCGCAAAGUUCUCAAAUAGGUGAUCAAACUGGUGUUCAAGAGUUGGAAAAUGGAAUUUGCUGUGAUCUUUCACCCCCUCAUGAUACUCUGCCUGUUUGUGAUGAAAUGAGAGUCAAUCAUGGAUCGGCAACAGUUGAAUGCGAAUAUCCUAAGGGAGAUUUCAGUUCUCCUCUCCAAGUAACUCCACCAUUCAGAUCAUUAGCUGCAGCAAUUCCUAGCCCAAAGUUUUCUGAAAGUGAGAGGCAGUUCCUAUUGAAGGCACUGGGAGUUGAGCCUACAUCCCCUCAUCGAAGCACGCAAGCUCCAUCUUGCAAAAGGGCGCUCCUCCAAAGCCUGUGAUCAACUGUAUUAAUGUCUCAUUCUUUUUCUGUGUUAUUGUGGAACUCGAAUGGGGUAAUUCGAUGUUUCCAUCACUACUAAAAAGUCUCUAUUUUCCCACUAAAUUUCUCGCUGAAUGUCGGUGGGAAAAAUCUCUAUUUCUAGUAAUGCAUAAGUUUUUGCCAUUUUAUAAGCUUAUUGUACAUAAUGUAUAGUGUAACUACAAAUUGGCAACUUGCCAAAGCUUAUUGAGAAUAUGGAAGAGAAAUAUA